GUGUUUUAAUGAAGACCUGCUAACCAUCACACAAGCAGGGGCUGAAGAACUCUGAGGCAAGCCAUGCGGUCGUCAUGGGAAUUGAUGCUGUUUCUUUCAUUCACUAGCUGUCUUACAGAAUAUUCCGAAGCUAUUCCGGGAAUCCCUACCACAUAUGCUGCUAUCUUAAGACUCAAAUCUGCCAGUUCAUCCUACUCCUCAGCUGCCAUUAACUCAAGAAGCAGGCAACGAUCAAGCAGCCCUGGCCUAGGAAGCAUCUCUUCGCCAAGCUGGCAUGGGACCGCGCAACACUAUCACUCGCCAACGAACCUCUAUCAUACCUCAGAGGCCUUCAAACAUGAUGAGAGUGUCGAUUACGGGCCGGUGUUUAUACAGGAACCCGACAAUGUGAUUUUCCCCAUGGAUUCAGAUGAGAAGAAAGUGUCCCUCAGUUGUCAAGCACGAGGAAAUCCUGCUCCUACUUACAGAUGGGUCCGGAAUGGAACGGAGAUCGACAUUGAAAGCGAUUACCGCUUCAGCAUAAUAGAAGGGAGCAUUAUCAUCAAUAAUCCCAGCGAAACGAAAGAUGCAGGGCAGUAUCAGUGCUUUACCACCAACAUGUUUGGCAGCAUUUUGAGCAGAGAAGCGACACUUCAGUUUGCAUACCUGGGGAAUUUCAGCGGCCGGAUGAGAAGCGCUGUGUCGGUGAGGGAAGGUCAAGGAGUAGUUCUGAUGUGCUCCCCGCCACUCCAUUCUCCAGAGAUCAUCUAUAGCUGGGUAUUUAAUGAAUUCCCCUCCUUUGUGGCAGAAGACAGCCGGCGUUUCAUCUCCCAGGAAACAGGCAAUCUCUACAUCUCCAAGGUACAGCCAUCAGAUGUCGGGAGUUAUAUCUGCCUGGUGAAGAACACAGUGACCAACGCCAGGGUUCUUAGUCCUCCUACACCACUGACCCUCCGAACAGACGGUGUGAUGGGGGAAUAUGAGCCGAAAAUUGAAGUCCAUUUUCCAUACACAGUUACAGCUGCAAAGGGAUCUACUGUUAAGAUGGAGUGCUUUGCACUUGGCAACCCCGUUCCAACCAUCUCGUGGAGGAAAGUUAAUGGCCCCAAUCCGAGCAAAGCCCGCCUGCGGAAGUCCCAAGCAGUGCUCGAGAUUCCGAAUGUGCAGCUGGAAGACGCCGGGACCUACGAAUGCAAGGCCGAAAACUCCCGCGGAAGGAAUGUCUUCCGAGGACAGCUGCAAAUAUACACAUACCCGCAUUGGACGGAGAGGUUGAACGAUACCCAGUUAGACAGUGGGGAGCAGCUUCAAUGGGAAUGUAAAGCUAUGGGAAAGCCAAGGCCUACCUAUCGUUGGCUGAAAAAUGGAGCCCCUCUCUGGCCAGAGAGCAGGAUUGAGAUGGUUAAUGGUGUACUGAUGAUCCACAGUGUCAAUCAGUCUGAUGCUGGAAUGUACCAGUGUGUAGCAGAAAAUAAGCAUGGAGCCAUUUACGCCAGUGCCGAGUUGAGGAUUUUGGCUUCCGCUCCAGCUUUUCCCCUAAGUCAACAGAAGAAAACAAUCAUUAUUACCAAGGGCCAAGAAGCUGUCAUUGAGUGCAAACCACAAGGCUCCCCCAAACCAACUAUUUCAUGGAAGAAAGGAGACAAAGCACUGAGAGAAAAUAAAAGGAUAACUGUUCUUCCAGAUGGGAGCCUGCGGAUCCUGAAUGCCUCCAAAUCCGAUGAGGGAAGAUACGUGUGCCGGGGAGAAAACGUAUUUGGUUCAGCAGAAAUAGCAGCUUCUGUGUUUGUUAAAGAGCCUACCAAGAUAGACCUGACUCCAAAGAGGACAGAGCUAACCGUGGGGGAAAGCAUUGUCCUCAGCUGCAAAGCUCUUCAUGACCCCACCUUAGAGGUCAUGUUCCACUGGACUCUGAAUGGGCAGCCUAUCGAUUUCGAGAAAGAAGGAGGACACUUUGAAAGCAUCAGGGCGCAAGCAUCCUCUGCAGAUUUAAUGAUCAGGAACAUUCUUCUGAUGCAUGCUGGGAGAUAUGGCUGCAGGGUACAGACCACAGCAGACAGUAUAUCAGAUGAGGCAGAACUUCUUGUUAGGGGUCCACCUGGGCCUCCUGGGGUUGUGAUUGUUGAAGAGAUCACAGAGACCACAGCAACACUUUCGUGGACUCCCGGGGCAGACAAUCAUAGCCCCAUAACCUCCUACAACCUGCAAGCACGAAGUCCGUUUUCACUUGGCUGGCAGACUGUAAAAACAGUUCCAGAAAACAUCAGUGGUGACUUGGAGUCUGCGAUGGCUGUCGAACUGAACCCGUGGGUGGAAUAUGAAUUUAGAGUCGUAGCAAUGAAUAAAAUUGGGACCGGAGAUCCAAGUGCGCCAUCUAGAGUGAUCCGGACCAAGGAAGCAGUUCCAAAGACAGCUCCUGCUAAUGUAAGUGGCAGGAGCGGAAGACGGCAUGAAUUAGUAAUAGCAUGGGAGCCAGUCUCUGAAGAGUUUCAGAAUGGAGAAGGCUUUGGUUACAUUGUGGCUUUCAGACCCAAUGGGACAAGAGGCUGGAAGGAAAAAAUGGUAACCUCUUCUGAUGCCUCCAAGUUCAUCUACAGAGAUGAGAGUGUGCCUCCUCUGACUCCAUUCGAAGUGAAAGUUGGAGCUUAUAAUAACAAAGGAGAUGGGCCAUUCAGCCCUAUCGUUGUUAUCUGUUCCGCUGAGGGAGAACCCAGUGCUGCUCCCACUGAUGUCAAGGCCACAGGAUUGUCAGUAUCAGAGAUUCUUGUUGCAUGGAGACACAGUAAAGAAAGUCUAGGAAGACCGCGGGGAUUCGAGGUUGGUUACUGGAAAGAUAUGGAACAAGAAGAAGCAGCGCAAAAGGCCAGGACAGAAGGAAAUGAGUCGUCCAUCAUCCUGACAGGGCUCGAAGGCAACACAAUGUACCACCUGAGAGUGAAGGCGUACAACUCAGCAGGGUAUGGGCCACCUAGCAGCGCAGUCCGUGCUGCUACCAAGAAAUCUCCUCCUAGUCAAGCACCAAGCAAUAUUAUGUGGAUGCAAGAUGGCUCCCAUGUAUCCUUGGGAUGGGAACCUGUGAGACCUUUAGCUAAUGAAUCUGAUGUCAUGGGAUACAAGGUCUUAUUUAGGCAAGAAGGUCAUAGCAACAGUCAAGUCAUUGAAACACAGAAAACAUCUGCAGUGGUGCUUCUCCCUGAUGUUGGUGUCUACAUCAUAGAGGUCCGUGCAGUCAGCGAAGGAGGGGAUGGAACGCCAAGCAACCAAAUCAGGGUACCUUCUUUUUCCGGUGGAAAAGUCACAAGUUCUCAAUCAAGCCUAAAUGCUUUCUCCACUUCCUCAUCGACUGUAACUUUUCUCUUGGUACUGAUGGUCCCUUCAACCUCAUGGUGAAGAAGACUGUGGACCUUUUAACAUUCAUCUGUUCAGCUGCUUUAGCCUGAUAACACCAAUGGAUGGAGCUCUGUAUCCAUGGAGGAAGCAGACAGCGAAGAGCUAACGGUCCAAGAUGUGCCGAAAUUCACCCAGUGCACCAGGAAGAGUGUUGU